AUGGGUAAUUCAAGUUCAAAAUCCUCUAAAAAGACUCCACAUUCGAGUUCCUCCUCGAGAAACCCCCGCCCUCAAGUGUCGAGAACUGACACUUCCCAUUCCGUGAAGUCUUCAAAAUCAAAUAAAUCCUCAAAAUCGAGGCGAUCUCUUCCCUCAUCUUCCACUACAAAUACCAAUUCGAACAUCGCGGAUCCCCCGACCCCAUCCAAGUCAAAUCUUGAGGUUAACCAUCAACAACAUGGUUCGCACACGAAUCGUUACCAUUUCCCCUCCAGCUCACAUUCGCAUUCGAAUUCCCAAAAUGAAUUGUUGACUACUCCUUCCCCUUCUUCCACGAAGAGACCUUCCACCUCAAGAAGAUCAAGCUAUAAUACAAAGGCAGCUGCUGAUUUACCACCUUCAAUGAUUCAAAUGGAACCCAAAUCACCUAUAUUAAAAACAAAUAAUAGCAGCGCACACGUAUCCAAGCAUAAGUCUUCAUAUUCCUCAACCUACCAUGAGAACGCCUUAACAGAUGAUGAUAACGAUGAUAAAGACAACGAUAUAUCACACGCAAAAAAAGUUUCCAGAUCUUCGAAUUCUCGCCCGUCUAGUAUAAGAAGCGGCUCAAUGUCAAGAAGGAAAUCAGAUGUAACUCAUGAAGAGACUAACGGUGCGUCGUACUCCUCCAACAAUCAGGAGAAUUAUUUGGUACAGGCUUUAACCCGGUCAAAUUCGCAUGCUUCCUCACUACACAGCAGGAAAUCUUCAUUUGGCUCGGAUGGUAAUACUGCUUACAGCACUCCAUUAAAUUCCCCAGGCUUGUCCAAACUGAUGGACCAUUCCGGCGAAUAUUUCAACUCCGUUUCAACCUCCUCUUUGAAUCAUCAUUCAAGCCGCGAUAUUUAUCCAACUAAAGUUCUCAAUCAUGACGACGAUAUCGAAAACACGUCUCAAUUGAGCGAUACCCGUGUAUCAAUGGAAAAUAUUAAUGAUAAACAUAAUAACAACAUAAAUAACAAAAAAGAUCCGAAUGAGGAAUUCGAUGAUAUUACGCACACUUCCACAAAUAAAAAUGCACCUAAAAAAUUCAAAAAACCUAUUGAUAUUGAUGAGACUAUACAAAAACUACUAGAUGCAGGCUAUGCAGCAAAGAGGACGAAAAAUGUUUGUUUGAAGAACAAUGAAAUUCUGCAGAUUUGCAUCAAAGCGCGUGAAAUUUUUCUUUCUCAACCUUCGUUGCUGGAACUAUCACCUCCUGUUAAAAUUGUGGGUGACGUUCAUGGUCAGUACGGUGAUCUUUUGAGACUUUUCACUAAAUGCGGAUUCCCACCCUCCUCAAAUUAUUUAUUCCUAGGUGAUUACGUGGACCGUGGUAAACAAUCGCUGGAAACUAUAUUACUUCUGUUUUGUUACAAGAUAAAAUACCCAGAAAAUUUCUUUUUAUUGAGAGGCAACCACGAAUGUGCUAACGUCACGAGAGUUUACGGGUUUUAUGAUGAAUGUAAACGUCGUUGUAACAUCAAAAUCUGGAAAACUUUCAUUGACACUUUCAAUACACUGCCAUUAGCCGCCAUCGUCGCUGGGAAGAUUUUUUGUGUUCAUGGUGGAUUAUCGCCAGUGUUGAACUCCAUGGAUGAAAUUAGACAUGUGGUCAGACCUACUGAUGUACCUGAUUUUGGUUUGAUUAAUGAUCUUUUAUGGUCAGAUCCGACAGAUUCACCCAAUGAAUGGGAGGAUAAUGAACGUGGUGUAAGUUACUGCUAUAACAAAGUGGCCAUUAACAAAUUCUUGAACAAGUUCGGGUUUGAUUUGGUUUGUAGAGCUCACAUGGUUGUGGAGGAUGGCUAUGAAUUUUUCAAUGAUAGAAGUCUUGUUACAGUGUUUUCUGCGCCGAACUAUUGCGGUGAAUUUGAUAAUUGGGGGGCUGUAAUGAGCGUCAGUGAAGGUUUAUUAUGCUCUUUCGAAUUAUUGGAUCCACUAGAUAGUGCCGCUUUGAAGCAAGUAAUGAAAAAAGGAAGGCAGGAAAGAAAAUUGGCCAAUCAACAACAACAAAUGAUAGAAACAAUCAUCACAAACGAUAACGACUCUCAAUAG